CAAAAAGAAAAAAAAAACUUUUUUUAUACUAUAAAAUAAAAACAAAAACCGAAGCCGAAAAUUAUAUAAAAUAAUUUUCUUUUUCUAGUUCAAAAACUGUUGUAGCUUUGAAGCUAUAGAGAGAGAGAGAUCAAACCACUGAGAUAGAGAGAAGUGGUGUGGAAGCAAAACCCCCUCACGAUCUGUGUUACUUUCCCAACACAACUCUUUGUUCCGAUCGGAGCUUUCGACAUUCAGACAAAAGUAAGAAACAAAAAGGUUUCUUCUUUAUUGUGUGUCUGUGUGAGGGAUUUGUCCUCCCAAUGGAGCGGUACGGUCGCUCCGGUGAAGAAGGGUCGCGAUCGGAUCCAUCUAUUGAAUGGACCACAGGCCAAACCGGAGUUCAAGCUUCGAUGUGGCGGUCAGGGCUGAUCGGCGGCGGAGCUGGAGGAGGAGAAUCGUAUCCGGAGAGACCUGAUGAGCCUGAUUGUAUUUAUUACUUGCGAACCGGUGCUUGCGGGUACGGUUCAAGAUGUCGGUUUAAUCACCCACGAGAUCGUGGAGCGGUUAUUGGAGGAGUGAGAGGAGGAGAUGGAGCUUUACCGGAGAGGAUGGGACAACCGGUUUGUCAGCAUUUUAUGAGAACGGGAACGUGUAAGUUCGGUGCUUCAUGCAAGUAUCAUCAUCCAAGGCAAGGAGGUGGUUCCGUUGCGCCUGUCUCGCUAAGUUAUUUGGGAUAUCCAUUACGCCCGGGAGAGAAAGAGUGCGCUUACUACAUGAGAACCGGUCAGUGUAAAUUUGGUUUGACUUGUAAAUUCAACCAUCCAGUGCCUCAGCAGCAACAGCCACAGCCUCAACCUCAAAUACAUACUAUUUAUCCAACACUUCAGUCUCAACCCUCUCAACAAUAUAGUUUAGUUUUGGCAAGGCCUUCUCUUCUACCUGGUUCGUAUCUUCCAAGUCAUUAUGGUCCUCCAAUGGUUCUACCUCCAGGAAUGGUAUACUCUGGUUGGAAUCCUUACCAGACUUCUUUAACUGCAAUGCCUUCACCUGGAACACAACCAUCUAUUGGACCAAGCUCUGUUUAUGGAAUGGCGCCGUUAUCUCCUUCAGGGACUGCUUAUACAGGAACAUACCAAUCUGGUGGGCCUUCCUUGACUACCUCAAAAGAAGAGUCGUUUCCUCAACGACCUGAUCAACCUGAGUGUCAGUACUUUAUGAGAACCGGAGACUGUAAGUUUGGAUCUUCCUGCAGAUACCAUCAUCCUCUAGACGCAGUUCAACCUAAAACAGGUCCUCUCUUCAGCUCCAUUGGCCUUCCACUUCGUCCAGGAGUAGCGCAGUGCACUCACUUUGCGCAGCACGGAAUCUGCAAGUUUGGGCCAGCGUGUAAGUUUGAUCACUCGAUGGGCUCUUCACUUAGCUACAGCCCGUCUGCUUCUUCGUUAACGGAUAUGCCUGUGGCUCCAUACCCAAUUGGAUCAUCUUCACUCAGUGAUGCAUCAGCUCCUGUUAGCUCGAGCAAAGAACUAACCACAGAGGCUGUGACUACUGCAGUUUCUUCUCCUAUGGUUAGUGGCGUAAGCAGUCGAGAGCCAGCGGAGACUAGUGGUGACUCAGCUAGCGUCAGUGGCAGCAUAGAAGCUAAGACUUCUUCAAGUUAAAGGAAAAAAGAUUAAUGAAACUAAAACAACAUUAAGGGAAGAGAAAAGAAGAUUAUUUUUGGGGUCUGAGAUUUGAUGGGAGGCAGAGAGACUAAACCAAAGCUUCUGUCAUUUAUCAUCACUUGUCCAUAUAUAAUACGUUCCUCUCAUACGGCCAUCUCUCUUGAACCAUGUUUACUACUUAAUAAAUGGCCUCAUUCACAAGACAUUUGUCUCGUGUUUUCACUUUCCUUCAACGAUGACGUUGAC